GGAAGCAGAGGGAAAAGGGGUGGCCGACGGCCAGACCACGUGGCGAGAGGCGCGCACGAGAGGGCCGUGAGAAGCAAAGCAGGGCCCGAGACGAGAAGGAUAACCUGAUCCGGCCUUCCAGCCACUCGACUCCGCGCCCCGAUUCCUGCCAAGCGGAUCGGUCACUGGAGACGGAGAGAGCCCCGGGCCUAGCGAGUGGCCACCGUAGCAGCUCAGGCCAGCUCAAUUGGCCUCCCGCUCCCCGAAACUCAGCUCUUCGAUCCUCCCUGUAACGCUCCAUCCCAACGCGCCUCCGCUCCGCCCCGCUCCCCUCCGCCCCUCGUCCGAACGUUGGCCUGCAGUCAUGGCCGCUCUCGCCCAGGCUGCCGUGCCGCGCACCUCGGGCCUCGCCAACGUCUCGACCGUCGCCCCGACCUCCCGCUCCGCUGCUCCCCAACGGGUUGGAUUCUCCAGCAACGGACUCUGUGGCAAUGUGGAGGCGCUGACCGCCAAGAAGUCUGCUGGUUUCCGCGUGAGAGACUCUGCUGUCGUUGCCCAGACUGUGAGCACCGAGCCAGCCGUGAAGGAGGCCAAGGUUUCCAAGAAGAACGAGCACGGGCUCGUUACGAAUGUGUACAAGCCUAAGACCCCGUACGAAGGUAUCUGCCUCACCAAUGGCAAGAUUGUUGGUGACGAUGCUCCCGGUGAAACCUUCCACAUGGUUUUCUCCACUGAAGGAAAAAUUCCCUACAGAGAGGGCCAAUCAGUCGGUGUUGUCCCACCAGGCGUCGACGAGAAGGGUAAGCCUCACAAGCUGAGAUUGUACUCCAUUGCCAGCAGCGCACCCGGUGACUUCGGCGAUUACAAGACUGUGUCUCUGUGUGUUAAGAGGCUCGUGUACACCAACGACAAGGGUGAGGAGGUGAAGGGUGUCUGCUCCAAUUUCCUCUGUGACCUCAAGGCCGGCGACAAGGUGAACCUCACUGGCCCAGUAGGAAAGGAGAUGCUCAUGCCCACUGACGAGAAGGCAACCGUUAUCAUGCUCGCAACCGGAACCGGUAUCGCCCCGUUCAGAGGGUUCUUGUGGCGCAUGUUCUUUGAGAAGCACGACGACUACAAGUUCCAAGGUCUUGCGUGGCUUUUCCUGGGAGUCCCCACAAGCAGCUCACUUCUCUACCGCGAGGAGUUUGAGAAAAUGCAGCAAGACUACCCAGACAACUUCCGUCUGGACUUCGCUGUUUCCCGAGAGCAGACCAACGCUAAGGGCGAGAGGAUGUACAUCCAAACCAGGAUGGCCGACUACGCCGAGGAGUUGUGGCAGAUGCUCCAGAAGGACAACACUUUUGUAUAUAUGUGUGGUCUGAAGGGCAUGGAGAAGGGUAUUGAUGAUAUCAUGGUCUCGUUGGCCGCACGUGACGGCAUCGACUGGGUCGAGUACAAGAAGACCUUGAAGAAGGGAGAGCAAUGGAACGUCGAAGUCUACUAGGCAAUCGAUGCGAUCUUGCUGUACAUGACGGUGCACUUGCGAACAUUUACGUUCAUCGAAUCCACCUAAUUGUCUACGAUCGAGAGAUUGUUUGAUUCGCAGAAUCUGUUCAUGUAAUAUGGUGCCCUUGUGCACCCUGUAAAUUAUCGAUGCGACACCAUUCCAGAUUCCAGAUUCUAAAUCCGAGAAUUCUUUGGAUUAGCUGUAAGGAUAUAACAUAGGUUGUGUUGCAAACAGUUGGUUUGACAUCAACAAUUUUAUGAAAUUUGAUGACAUAUCAUGAAAGGUGUGCAGGACAUUUCCCUCCCUUUUGUUGAAAACUUGCUGUCGAAGAAACAUGUUUCCAAUUUGCGGUUGUGGUUAAAGGUCUGCCUCCCGAUUGUAUAUCGUUAGGUAGGAGGUCAACCCCUCGGAGUAUAUUGCAAACCUACGCAUCAACUACAUUGCAGGUGUUGCGGAUGUCUGUGUACACUACCAUCGUCGCGAAUUUGGCGCCGUGAAACUAAAAACAUUGUC